AUGGGGGAGGGCCUCCAGGGCAGGGUCCUGGCCAGCAGUAGCCUCCCUGCUCUGACAGGGGACCUGUCCAACCCCCAACUAGGCUUGCUGCAGGUCAGGACCGAGCUGCGCUGGGGGUCCCAGGGUGGAAGGAGGAAGAGCAGAAUCCAAGCUAGUCACCAGCACCCAGUCCUUCAGCCACGCCUGCCUCCUGCACCCAAUCCGCUUGACCAAGGAGCCAGCAGCCUGUACCAAUUCUUUGGCCGACCAGCCUCUCAGAGCUCCAUGAAGCUGACAGCCCUGCUGCUCUGCUGUGGCGCCCUGUGGCUGCUCCAAGACGCUGUAGCUGCCCAGGCUCCUGCCAAGGUCCUGCCCCACCGCUUCCUGCUCCAGUGCCUAGAGCAAGUGAAAAAGAUCCAGGCCCAGGGCUGGGCACUGCGGGAGCAGCUGUGUGCCUCCUACCAGCUGUGCCAUCCCGAAGAGCUGGUGUUGCUUGGACACUCUCUGGGCAUUCCCCGGGCUGGGCUGAGCAGCUGCUCCAGUGAGGCCCUGCAGCUGACAGGCUGCCUGGAUGCCCUGCACAGAGGCCUCUUCCUCUACCAAGGCCUCCUGCAGGCCCUGGCGGGCAUCACCCCUGAGCUGGCACCCACUGUGAACCUGCUAAAGCUGGAUGUGGCUGACUUUGCCACCAACGUGUGGCAGCAGAUGAAGGGCCUGGGGAUGGCCCCUACCGUGCAGCCUACGCUGGGCCUCUUACCGACCUUUACCUCCGCCUUCCAGCGCCGGGCAGGGGGUGUUUUGGUGGCUUCCAGCCUGCAGAACUUUCUGGAACAAGCGUACCAGCUGCUAUGUGGCCUGACUGAGUCCUGA